GUAAGGGAAGUGAGCAGAUACAGACACUGGCAGCCCCUAGGAGUUCAAGUCUCCUUGGCAGUAGGAGGCUGGAAGAAAGGACAGAAGUGACUCUGACUGUGAUGGGGAUCUUUCUGGGUCUACUGCUCCUGGGUCACCUAAUGGUGGUCACUUAUGGCCAUCCCAUACUGGAAGGACCAGAAAGUGUGAUAGGGCCAUGGAAAGGGGAUGUGAAUAUGCCCUGUACCUAUGGUCCCCUAAAAGGCUACACUCAAGUCUUGGUGAAGUGGCUGGUACAACGUGGCUCAGACCCAGUUACCAUCUUUCUACGUGACUCCUCUGGAGACCAUAUUCAGCAGACCAAGUACCGGCGCCGCCUGAAUGUGAGCUAUGACGUUCCAGGGGAUGUGUCCCUCCAACUGAAUACCCUAGAGAUGGAUGACCGAAGCCACUACAUUUGUGAAGUCACCUGGCAGACCCCUGAUGGCAACCAAGUGAUAAGAGAUAAGAUUAUUGAGCUCCGUGUCCAGAAACUCCCUGUCUCCAAGCCUACGGUGACAACUGGCAGCGGUUAUGGUUUCACGGUGCCCCAGGGAAUGAGGAUUAGCCUUCAAUGCCAGGCUCGGGGUUCUCCUCCCAUCAGUUAUAUUUGGUACAAGGAACAGACUGAUAACCUGGAACCCAUCAAAGUAGGAAACUUGGGUACCUUACUCUUCAAGCCUGCAGUGGUGGCUGACUCGGGCUCCUAUUUUUGUACUGCUAAGGGCCGGGUAGGCUCUGAGCAGCGCAGUGACAUUGUGAAAUUUGUGGUCAAAGACCCAUCCAAGCCAUUCAACACCAAGACUGAGGCACCUACAACCAUCCAAGUUCCCUUGGAAGCAACAUCUACAGUGAACCCAGCCUGGAACUGGACCACUGAAGUGAAUGACUAUUUUGGGAACACGAUUACUGAGCCAGGAAGGGGACUUCCUAUCUUUGCCAUCAUCCUCAUCAUCUCCUUGUGCUGUAUAGUGGUUGUCACCAUGGUUUAUAUCAUGCUUUGCCGGAAGACAUCCCAACAGGAGCAUGUCUAUGAAGUGAACAGGAUGCCUGCCAGGGAGGCCAGUGACUCUGGAGAAACCAUGAGAGUGGCCAUCUACAACAGUGGCUGUUCCCGUGAUGAGCCAGCUUCCCAGGCUCUGGGCAAUGACUACUCUGAGGAUCCCUGCCUGGGCCAGGAGUAUCAGAUCAUCGCCCAGAUCAAUGGUGACUAUGCCCGUCUACUGCACACAGUUCCCCUGGAUUAUGAGAUUCUGGCCACUGAGGGCAAGAGCGUCUGCUAACAAUGCUCCACUAGAUUAAAUCUAUUGACAGAAUUACUUAUGCAGUAUUCUGUCCCUGCCUUCUGCAUGGCCCCCUUUCCUGCUACCUCUCUUCCUGGAUAGCCUAAAUUGUCUUUCCUACCAAUGUUGGGGCCCCUGAGAGUGACUGGUUUUGCCUAAGAAUCAGCCAUAUGCUCAAGAAAGCUAGCUAUUGAAUAUGGCCCUAAGCCCUUCUAGUAUCUCUGCCUGGGUUUUCCACUGCUUUUCUCCAAACACCAGUGAAACACCAGCACUAGGACUCGGUCAUCAUGUCUCCAGAUAUCACCAGAAGACCAAAGGAGACUCAACACUGCCAGCUCAGGGAAGGAGCUGUAUCCAGGAUCACUGCCCUUUCUCCAGGGGUAGACAACUUUUAAUUGAGAUUGUCAUGUCACUGGCUGGGGUUCAUUUCUGCUCUUGCACUGUGAAUCUAGUGCUCUGGUAUUCCUUUGGUGCUCAAUAAAUAUAUAAUCAUGA